GUCACGGGGUGCCGGCUCCCGGUUUCCCGGUGGCGGCUCCGCGGGCCGGAGCGGCCGGUGCCGUCUAGGCGUGGGAAGGCAGCGGGGACCGGGACCGGGACCGGGCCUGCGCCUCUCGGGGCGGCGGGGGGGAAGCGACCCCGCAGCCGCGCGGUUCCCCCGGUUGGCGGUCCCGGAACCGGCGCGGGGGAAGGUUCGGGGCCAGGCCCGCCCAGAGUCGGUGCCGCUCCUGCACCGGGUGUGGGCGGGACGGGCUGUCCGGGCGCCCUUAAAGGCGAGGCCGGCGGUGGAGCCGGUGCUGCCGGGAGCGCACCGGGAGCGGCGGGGCCAUGGGGGCCGCCCUGUGCUGGCGGCUGCUGCUGGUGCUGCUGGCCGGGCACCGGGCCGCAGGCUCCCGGCCCUGCAGUCCCAAGUACUUUGGGCGUGAUGCCAUGGUCUGCGUCUGCAAUGCCACAUACUGUGACACUCUGGAUCCCCUGGCCCUGCCGGACCCCGGCUCCUACGUCAAGUAUGAGAGCAGCAAGGCUGGAAAACGGCUGGAGCGGAGCGAGGGGAGGUUCCAGCGCAGACUCUGCGCCCCAGAUGUCGUCCUCACCCUGGACACGACGCAGCGCUUCCAGAGGGUGAAGGGUUUUGGUGGCUCCAUCACGGACGCGGCCGCCAUCAACAUCUUAUCCCUGCCAGAAAGAGCACAGGAUCACCUGCUGCGCUCGUACUUCUCUGAGGAGGGGCUGGAGUACAACCUCAUCCGCCUGCCCAUGGCCAGCUGCGACUUCUCCCUCCACGCCUACACCUACGAUGAUGUCCCCUAUGACUAUGAGCUCACCCACUUCAGCCUGCGAGACGAGGACACGAAGCUGAAGAUCCCCCUCCUUCACCGAGCCUCGGCCAUGAGCAAGCGGCCGCUGUCACUGUAUGCCAGCCCCUGGACCUCCCCCACCUGGCUGAAGACCAGCGAGUCCUACGUGGGGAAGGGGACACUGAAGGGGCAGGCAGGGGACAGGUACCACAAGACCUGGGCCAACUACUUUGUACGGUUCCUGGAUGAAUACGCCAAGCACAACGUGACAUUCUGGGCAGUGACAGCAGAGAACGAGCCCACGGCCGGGCUGAUCAACAAUUACCCCUUCCAGUGCCUGGGCUUCACAGCCGAGCAGCAGCGGGACUUCAUCGCUCGGGACCUGGGCCCGGCGCUGGCCAACAGCUCCCACCGCCACGUCCAGCUCAUCAUCCUGGAUGACAACCGGCUCCACCUCCCUCACUGGGCCAGAGUGGUCCUGGAGGAUGAGGGGGCAGCUCGCUACGUCCACGGCAUCGGCAUCCACUGGUACCUGGACUUCAUCGGUCCCAUACAGGACACAGUGUUGCCCACUCAUGAGCUCUUCCCUGACUACUUUAUCCUGGCCACGGAGGCGUGCAUUGGUGCCCAUUUCUGGGAGCGGGAUGUGAUCCUGGGCUGCUGGGAGCGGGGAAACCAGUACAGCCACAGCAUCCUGAUGAAUCUGAACCACUUUGUGGCUGGCUGGACUGACUGGAAUCUGGCCCUGGAUCUAGAGGGGGGUCCCAACUGGGUCAAGAACUACGUGGACAGCCCUAUCAUUGUGGACAGCAGCGAAGGCAUCUUCUACAAGCAGCCCAUGUUCUACCACAUGGGGCACUUCAGCAAAUUCAUCCCUGAGGGCUCCCAGCGUGUGGGGCUCGUCGCCUCCAGGGAGUCCAAGAAAACAGCGCUGGAGUACGCGGCUUUCCUGCGCCCCGACGGGGCUGUGGUCGUGGUGCUUCUGAACCGAUCCCCACAGGACAUCGCCUUGGGGCUGGCGGACACCGUCGGCCUCAUCGCGGCCGUGGCUCCGGCCAACUCCAUCCAGACCUACCUGUGGCGGCGGCAGUGACGGGGCCGGGGUGGCCAUGGCUGGCCAGGGGCCGGACGCAGCCGGGCCGGACGCUCAGGCCCGCGGGCUCGGGCCGGGGGAAGCGGCUCCCCGGGGCCGCGGCGGAGCCGGAGCGGGCUGGGCCGGGCCGGGAACGCCGUGCAUGUGCAGGAGGGCCGGGGGCACCGGUGCCCCUCAGGGUGGAGGCCGCACAGGCUGUGAAUGCUGCGUUCUGCUGUUCUGACAUUAAAUACGGAUGCUGCCUUGA